AUGGUGGACGGCGGUAUGAUGGACCUUCGAAUCAUCGCGCUGAUCACAACGGUCAUGUUGUGCGUGAUCCUGUUCAUCGGCAUAUCGUUCGAGUCGAAGACGCAGUCGGUGAUGCUCGUCGUAUUGGUCGUGUCGUUGAUCGACUACUUGAUUGGCACAUUCUUGCCACCGUCAGUUGAAGAUCAGGCACGCGGUGUCACCGGAUACUCGUGGCAAACGCUGAAGCAAAACUUUUUCCCUGACUGGCGCGACGAGAACUUUUUCUCGGUGUUCGCGGUGUUCUUUCCGGCGGUAACUGGCUUCAUGGCUGGGGCCAACAUUUCCGGUGACCUGAACGAACCGCAAAAAGCCAUUCCGAAAGGAACGUUGCUUGCGUUGCUCGUCACCACCUUGUUGUACUUCUGUGUAGCUGUCGUUACCGCCUCUACCUGCUUGAGGGAUGCGACGGGGAAUGUGUUCGAUUUGUUCAACGGCACUAUCGUAUGUAACUCAACCGAAAACUGUCCAUACGGCCUGAUUCACUACUACCAGAUUUUGGAAUUGGAAGGCGCUUGGGGUCCGCUGAUCACCGCUGGCAUUUUGGCUGCCACGUUGAGUUCCGCUUUGGCCGGCUUCGUUGCUGCCCCGAAGGUCUUUCAGGCCGUUUGUAAAGACAAUCUUUUCCCGUAUAUCUCUUGGUUCGGAAAGGGAUUUGGCAAGGACGAAGAGCCUCGUCGCGCAUACGUCCUUACGUUCGUUCUCACCGUCGGUCUCGUACUCAUAGGUAGGGUGAUGAUGCUGAUGUUUUCGAAUGAUAAAUGAGU